UGACGUCAGGAGCUGUCCUCGACGGCUGGUGCUGAAACAAAAUGGCUGUGUGUUGAAGGGAGGCGAGCUGAGCCGAGCGGAGCCGAGCCGAGCCGAGCCGAGGGAGCGAGUGUACCUGCAGGAGCAGCCACGGCGUGCCACCUCGCACCACGCCACCGAAACGCGAUUAGAAAUUAUAAUCCAUUCAAACACACGCACAGCAUCGCCAAAGAGAAGAACCAGCGCGGCGGAGAGUCCCGGGAUACAGACGCCAAGAGAGCCAGCCAUGUCCCUGCUCUGCGUCGGCGUAAAGAAAGCCAAGCUGGAUGGACCCCAAGAGAAAUUCAACACGUACGUGACUCUCAAGGUGCAGAAUGUCAAGAGCACGACCAUCGCUGUGCGGGGGAGCCAGCCGUGCUGGGAGCAGGACUUCAUGUUUGAGAUCAGUCGGUUGGACCUGGGUCUGACAGUGGAGGUGUGGAACAAGGGGCUGAUCUGGGACACCAUGGUGGGCACUGUGUGGAUCCCCCUUCACAGCAUCCGCCAGUCCAACGAGGAAGGGCCGGGGGAAUGGCUGACCCUCGACUCGCAGGUCAUAAUGACGGACAACGAGAUCUGCGGCACGAAGGACCCGACCUUCCACCGAGUCCUGCUGGACACACGCUUCGAACUGCCCCUGGAUAUCCCAGAGGAGGAGGCACGCUAUUGGGCCAAGAAACUGGAGCAGCUGAAUGCCAUGAGAGACCAGGAUUAUGCAUACCAGGCAGAGCAGGAGGGGCCGCUGCCAGUGCCAGGGACUCAAUGCUGUAACUGGAGUCUAUGGGGAGAUCAGCAAAAUGAUGACCCAGACAGCGCAGUGGACGACCGGGACAGUGAUUACCGCAGUGAGACCAGUAACAGCAUCCCGCCCCCUUACUACACCACCUCCCAGCCCAACGCCUCUGUCCACCAGUAUCCCAUGAGGCACCAGCAGCAGGGCUCGCGGGACUCCUACACUGACUCUAUGUACAGCUGUGAACUCGAUUACUCCGACAACCAGAGAGGGAUGAGAAGCUAUGAUAGUUUAGACUCUGCCACCAACGGCGGCAGCGACCUGGAGUCUGUCUCGGGGUCUAGCCGGCGGACCAGUCGCCAGUACUCGCUAGACAGUAGGCAGUCCCUGUCUGAUAGCCCCACAGGCAGUAGCCGCUAUGCCUCCUCCGCAGAGCUGAGCAGGGGCAGCUCCCAGCUCAGUGAGGAUUAUGAGAACGGGAGCCUGCGGGGCUCUGGGCUGGGGGAGGACCUGGAGGGAGAGGACUCCUACCACUCCUGCCACAGCUCCGUCAGCUACGCCAAGGAGUCUACGGACUGGGAUCCCGAGGACGAGGAGGAGGGGCUGGGCGAGUACAGUGAUGACGGGGGGUACCCCAAAGAGGGGGGCGAGGGAAUGGGGGUGGUGGAGGGAGGUCUGUGCGAAGACGGGGAGGAGCAGGACGCCAUAUACGAGCCUGACGACCUGUAUGACGAAGAGGAGCUGUAUGAGGACGAGGACCUGUACCCCGCAGAGCAGACCCCAGAACAGACCCUCUUCCCUCCCGCCGAGCCGCCCACCCCCACCACCACCUCCGCUCGCCCCCCCCUGGAGAAACAGCCCUCCCUGCAGCAGCAGCCCCAGCCCCCCUCUCAGAUUCCCCCUCAGCCACCCUCUCAAACCCCCUCUCAGGCCCCUGCCCCUACCCCUGCUGUCACUGCCCAGCCAUCCUUUGAAGCCCCCCCCGUCAUGCAGGAGACCCCCAUCCCUUCCCCUUCCGCUGCCAUGGACACUGACGAGCAGGAGACUGAGAGACUGCCAGACAGCUAUGGAGUGGGUGAUGACAGCCAGGCCUCCAUGUCCAGAGCCAAAGCUAACUGGCUGCGAGUCUUUAACAAGGUCCGCAUACAGCUGCAGGAGGCCCGUGGAGAGAGUGCUGGGGCGCAGUCACUGUGGUUUAAAGGAGGUGGAGCUGCCGCGGUUAAGUUCCUGUGCAGUAUUGACAGCAUGCCUGACAUUAAGCCGCGCCGCAAAUCCCUCCCUUUUGUCAGCGACAUGUCUCUGGUCAAUUCUCGGAAGGCAGGAAUCGCUCCGGCGCUCGCCUCCAGCACCCUGAAUAACGAAGAACUGAAGGCCCACGUGUACAGGAAGACCCUGCAGGCACUCCUCUACCCCAUCUCCAGCACCACACCCCAUAACUUCGAGGUGUGGACCGCCACCACGCCCACCUACUGCUACGAGUGCGAGGGGCUGCUGUGGGGCAUAGCCAGGCAGGGCAUGCGCUGCUCUGAGUGCGGGGUCAAGUGCCACGAUAAGUGCCAGGACCUGCUCAACGCAGACUGUCUGCAGAGAGCUGCUGAGAAGAGUUCAAAGCACGGUGCCGAGGACCGGACCCAGAACAUCAUCAUGGUUCUGAAGGACCGCAUGAAGAUCCGCGAGCGCAACAAGCCUGAGAUCUUCGAGCUGAUCCAGGAGGUGUUUGGGUUGUUGAAGGCGCCGCACACCCAGCAGAUGAAGCAGAUCAAGCAGAGUGUGCUCGACGGCACCUCCAAGUGGUCAGCCAAGAUCAGCAUCACAGUGGUGUGUGCCCAAGGGCUGCAGGCAAAGGACAAGACGGGCUCCAGUGACCCCUAUGUGACCGUGCAGGUGGGCAAGACCAAGAAGAGAACCAAGACCAUCUAUGGGAACCUCAACCCAGUGUGGGAGGAGAACUUCCACUUUGAGUGCCACAACUCGUCAGACCGGAUCAAGGUGCGAGUGUGGGACGAGGACGAUGACAUCAAGUCCCGUGUGAAGCAGCGGUUCAAGCGCGAGUCCGAUGACUUCCUGGGGCAGACCAUCAUCGAGGUGCGCACCCUGAGCGGGGAGAUGGACGUGUGGUACAACCUGGAUAAGCGCACAGACAAGUCUGCGGUGUCGGGAGCGAUCCGGCUGCACAUCAGCGUUGAGAUCAAGGGGGAAGAGAAGGUGGCUCCCUACCAUGUGCAGUACACCUGUCUACAUGAGAACCUGUUCCACUACGUGACGGAUCUUCAGAAUGGCGGGGUGGUGAAGAUCCCGGACGCAAAGGGGGACGACGCCUGGAAGGUUUACUUCGAGGAGACGCCGCAGGAGAUUGUGGACGAGUUCGCCAUGCGCUACGGAGUGGAGUCCAUCUACCAGGCAAUGACACACUUUGCCUGCCUCUCCUCUAAGUACAUGUGCCCUGGAGUUCCCGCUGUGAUGAGCACGCUGCUCGCCAACAUCAACGCCUACUAUGCACACACCACCGCCUCCACCAACGUGUCUGCUUCCGACCGCUUCUCAGCCUCCAACUUCGGGAAAGAGCGGUUUGUGAAACUCCUGGACCAGCUUCACAACUCUCUGAGGAUUGACCUGUCCAUGUACCGGAAUAACUUCCCCGCCAGCAGCCCCGAGCGUCUCCAGGACCUGAAGUCCACAGUGGAUCUGCUGACUAGCAUCACGUUCUUCAGGAUGAAGGUGCAGGAGCUGCAGAGCCCCCCCAGGGCCAGCCAGGUGGUGAAGGACUGCGUGAAGGCCUGCCUCAACUCCACCUACGAGUACAUCUUCAAUAACUGCCACGAGCUGUACAGCCGCGAGUACCAGGCCGACCCGGCUAAGAAAGGGGAGGAGCAGCCCGAGGAGCAGGGCCCCAGCAUCAAGAACCUUGACUUUUGGUCCAAACUCAUCACUCUCAUCGUCUCCAUCAUUGAGGAGGACAAGAAUUCCUACACACCCUGCCUCAACCAGUUCCCUCAGGAGCUCAAUGUUGGGAAGAUCAGCGCGGAGGUGAUGUGGAACCUGUUUGCUCAGGAUAUGAAGUACGCCAUGGAAGAGCACGAUAAGAACCGUCUGUGUAAGAGUGCGGACUACAUGAACCUGCAUUUCAAGGUGAAGUGGCUCUACAACGAGUAUGUGAAGGAGCUGCCCUUCUUCAAGAGCAGAGUGCCCGAGUACCCAGCCUGGUUCGAGCCGUUUGUUAUCCAGUGGCUGGACGAGAAUGAGGAGGUGUCCCGAGACUUCCUGCAUGGAGCGCUGGAGAGAGACAAGAAGGACGGGUUCCAACAAACCUCUGAGCACGCUCUCUUCUCCUGCUCAGUGGUGGACGUGUUCUCCCAGUUAAACCAGAGCUUCGAGAUCAUCAAGAAGCUGGAGUGCCCAGACCCCCAGAUCGUGGGCCACUACAUGAAAAGGUUUGCCAAGACCAUCAGUAACGUGCUGCUCUCCUACUCUGACAUAAUUUCCAAUGACUUUACCAACUACUGCUCCAAAGAGAAAGUGCCCUGUAUCUUGAUCAACAACAUCCAGCAGCUCAGAGUCCAGCUGGAGAAGAUGUUUGAGGCCAUGGGGGGAAAAGAUCUCAACGUGGAGGCCAGUGACAUUCUGAAGGAGCUGCAGAUCAAACUCAACAAUGUGCUGGAUGACCUGAGCAGAGUGUUCGCCACCAGUUUCCAGCCCCACAUCGAGGAGUGUGUGAAGCAGAUGGGUGAUAUCCUGAGCCAGGUGAAGGGGACAGGCAACGUGCCGGCCAGUGCCUGCAGCAGCGUGGCUCAGGAUGCAGACAACGUGCUGCAGCCAAUCAUGGACUUCCUGGACAGAAAUCUGUCCCUGUUUGCUAAGAUCUGUGAGAAGACUGUUCUGAAGCGAGUUCUGAAGGAGCUCUGGAAGCUGGUGAUGAACACCAUGGAGAAAACCAUCGUGCUGCCGCCCCUCACCGACCAGACAGGCAGGGUGAAGCUUGUGUGUCACACUGAUGGCACGCAGCUCAUAUUCAAUGCAGCCAAGGAACUGGGACAGCUCUCCAAGCUCAAGGAUCACAUGGUGCGGGAGGAAGCCAAGUCCCUCUCCCCUAAGCAGUGCGCUGUGGUGGAGCUGGCACUCGACACCAUCAAGCAAUAUUUCCAUGCAGGAGGAGUUGGUUUGAAGAAGACGUUUCUUGAAAAGAGUCCUGCCCUGCAGUCUCUGCACUACGCACUGUCCCUCUACACACAGGCCACCGACACCCUCAUCAAAACCUUCGUCCAAUCACAGAAUGCACAAGUUCACGGAGGCAAGGGGGUUAGGUUCACCCUUAGCGAGGAAGUUUACCCAGAGAAGGGCUCCGGUGUGGACGAUCCUGUGGGAGAGGUGUCCAUUCACGUGGAGAUUUUCACCCACCCCAACACCGGGGAGCACAAGGUCACAGUGAAGGUUGUGGCUGCGAAUGAUCUCAAGUGGCAGACCUCUGGGAUAUUCCGCCCGUUUGUCGAGGUGAACAUCAUCGGCCCACACCUCAGCGACAGGAAGAGGAAGUUCGCCACCAAGUCCAAGAACAACAGCUGGGCUCCCAAAUACAACGAAACCUUCCCAUUCACCCUGAGCAGCGAGGUGGGCCCGGAGAGCUACGAGCUGCAGCUGUGUGUGAAAGAUUACUGCUUCGCGCGCGAGGACCGCUCGGUGGGCAUGGCGGUGAUGCAGCUGAAAGACAUCGUGUCCCGGGGCAGCGUGGCCUGCUGGCUGCCCCUGGGCAAGAGGAUCCACAUGGACGAGACGGGGCUGACCGUGCUGCGCAUCCUGUCACAGCGCAACAACGACGAGGUCGCCAAGGAGUUCGUCAAGCUCAAGUCAGACACUCGCUCCGUAGAGGAGGGGAGAUAGAGGGGCCAGCCGGGGGACCGGGACCAGGACCUGGGUGCACUCGAGGAGCCAAGACAGGACAAGCCCUGCUGAUAGAGGUCCAGGGACAAGGCUGUGUCUCGCGCACCCUACCCUCCUACCACCAGACAUGAAGGACACUUCUCCGCCACCUCGAAGGAGUCUCUCUCUCAGUGCCUGCUGGGCACACUGACUGCGGUUUGCAUUUUUUUUUAUUGCGCAUGAGUAAAACAAGAAAGGUUGUUUAAAUGAAACGGUGCGUAAAAAGAAGUGCGUCUGGAAGUGAACAGUGUGUGCAGCAGUGCACUGUCAUUACAGGAGAGGGACGGGUAGCAGUGUGGAGCGCUUUGAAUUCAGACACAGUCUCCAGACUAGAUUUUACAACACUCCUGGUGCUUGGAAUUGGACUCUAAAUCAGCAGGACCAAGACCUGACAUCCCCCAGUCCUCCCUGACUGCUCAAGUGCCUCUGUGACUGGCCCCGGGUUCACAAGAACACAAAAUAAUCCACAAGAACAAAACACACAUUAAAAUAAAAUAAUAAUAAUAAUUUUUAAAAAAAUUCUAUUUCCUUUCAGAAACUUUUUACUUUUUUUUUUUUUUUUUUUUUAAAACACCAAACAAAACAAAUAUUGAAUAAAGACACUUGUUAAGCAUUGCUUUGAUGUUCUGAAACAAUAAGUUUGCUGCAUGCAACAACAAAGCGGGUUUCCCCCCUCGUCCCAGCCCGGAUACAGGACUGCUGACCAGCUGGUUUCCUGGGAGGGGUUAUGCAAAUCCAGAUGAUCACGCCAGUUCCUGCCCCUGAAGGAAGGCCAGACAGAAGAGGACAGGAUCGGGCAGGAACAGGAGCCUACAGCUGUUGAGUACAGACUCUCAAACUACAACUCCCGUGAGUCUUUUUUGCAGCAAAGGACCGUUUACAUUUCCUGUUCCUGUUGGAGCUCACUCAACCCUGGAAUGAGAGGAAUGGAGCAUGCAGGGCAAGUUUGAAUUCAAUAGCCAUUGAGAAUCCUCUCUCCCUUUUAAUAAGAUGUUUUGUUUCAAAGAUACUUUAAAAAAAUAAUAAUAGGCAAUUCUAAUUACCAGUGGAUUUAUUUAUUUUUUAAAAAGCAAAAAAAAAGUCUGCACUUUGAUUUUUUAAUAGUAACCGGUGGAAGUGUCGUGUGUUGGUCGGUGUGCUCGAGUAUCUGUGUGUCCAGGAGUCCUGUUUUGAUAUAUAGCCACACCGUUUCUGUUCAUCUGUGUCAAUAGUAAGAGUCUGCAUGAGAAACGGAAGCCUCCCAGCACUGUGAUUAACUACACGGAGACUGACAGAACUGAUAUACCUCCUGUGCAGAGAUCUCUAUUUACCAAGGAGAUUUCACCACGAGAAAGCCUGCUUAACUUCAGAACUGCCAAAGUGUCUCUUACUAAAUCCCACGGAUGAUAAAGCUGUGUGGUUUUUUUAUUUUAUUUAUUUGUUUUAAGAAAUAUAUACGUAUUAUUUAUUUAUUUAUUUUUUAACCAAACACAUUCCACUGCUAGUGAGCCCCAACGCUAUGCCCUGCUCUAUAGCUGCCUGUGGGGCUGGAUCACAGGGCUAUGCAGGUCUGACAUGGGGAGCGCAUGGUUUUGACUGUAAUAAUGUGAGUCCUCCAGCACAUUCAUAAUCACCUUGACCGGCACCCACCGCCGUUAGAUCUGACAGAGGAGCUGUGAACCCGCACCCCGGUACUGCAGGAAAGGGGAAGCACCACCAGCGCCACCUAGCCAGCUCUGAAUGGUACUGCAGAUGUACUAGAGCUGUGACUCUUAAACUGCUACAGCAGCGAAGCGUGGACUUGGCAUGAAAGCAGCAGCACCAGUCUAGGACAGAAUGUGAUAAACCAGGAGGCGUUUGAAUCUGCCAGCACUCACACGGCCAGCAGCUCCAGCAAGGAGGGACUCCACAGCUCAAACCACAGUGCUGGAAAAGGAUUGAGCAAUUUUUUUUACCCUCUGUGGUAUAAACAGUAUGUUAAAAAUACACACACUUGAGAAACUGUUAUUUUCAGGUUCAUGUUUUUUCAUUGUCCUUAAGUUUUGUAAAUGUUUACAAUUGAUAUGGUUGACUUUAGCGCUGGAAAUCAAGGGGUGUAUUUAGAAGUAGAAGCGCAGUCUGCAUUGCAAGCACGAAGCGUAGCUGGUGAAACUGGGAGAAUAAAGAGAGAUAUAAUACUAACAGGAGGAGGAAACAGCACAACAAAACUGUAUUAAAUGCUCAUUUCGUGCUCCUUGUUUUUUGUUACAAAUGUGAGAAACCUUUGAUGACGGGGUAAAAUCUACCGCAGUUCCACAAAGAAGCCCCAUAGAUUACUUAACAAGGUGACCUGAACUGCAAUGGAAUUGGGAUGGGAUCACAACCCAGACCAAACCAACACACCCCCCAAAACAGAACCCUAAACCCAACCACCUGCACAGCUAUUUCAUACAGUGAAUUUAAUAACAGUGCAAAUACUGGGCCAAUUAUGUGUUCAAGAAUAAUGUAUGUUCUAUUUAAAGGUUAAGUCAGUGAACUGAACAGUACAGGCUUGAAGCAGUUCUGACAUCAGCUUUUACAAGCCAUCCGUUACUUUAGCUUAAAAACGGGGGGAACAAAAGCUUCUAAGUGCAAUGCAAAUUAAUCAUUUCUUAUCCUUCAGGACUGGCUUCAGCAUGCAGUUCCAAGGAACCAUGCAUUAUAAAUGGGAAAAACUGAAGCAAACAUAAAACACUUUCAUGCUACCCGGCCCACACAGAAUGAAAUGAACGCAAAGCAACGCCUGAAUAAAAUGUGUUACCAAAGUGGAGAGUCCCUCUCCCAGGCCCAGCAGAGCUCUGUGUGUGUGUGUGUGUGUGUGUGUCAGCAUCACACACUCUGCAAGUAGAAGUGCAUGCUGUGAAAGCACCCGGACCUACCUGCCAGCACGUGGCUCCUCUUCACUGGAACUGCCAACUGUCGUCUCUGUAGUUUAUUUACUUUUUUAAAUGAAAUAAAAUAAAAAAAACAACAAUGUGUAGUGGUCAGUGGUACUAGCAUGAAAGAGGACUUUUAUACUAAAAGAUAUUUGUAAUCCUUUUUUUAAACGGGGUGGGGGAGAGUUCAGCCUUGCACUGUCUUCUGCUUCCCAUUAAAAAGGCCUCUUACCUGUCUGAAA